AUGGGGGCCCUAGUAACCCCGGCCUGCCUGCUGCUCCUCCUGCACCUCACAGCUGGGACGUCUGCAGAGCCGCACUAUGUGGUGGUGAGCCCAGCCGUGUUCUACCACCCGCACACGGGGACAGUGUCAGUUCAUCUCAGCGACCUCAACGAGACCGUCCGGGUGAGCGUCCGGCUGGAGAGGGGGGAUGGGCCCAGCGCUAUCACCCUGCUGGAGAGAGAGGUCCAGAAGCCCCGUCUGCACGAGAACGUGCGCUUCCAGGUUCCAGCCCCGUCCGGGGGGCAGCAGGAAGUGGCAGAGCUAUGCGUCUCGAUCCGGGGAGAUGCCCUGCAGUUCUCUGAGCGGAAGAAAGUGCUGCUGCAGGCGCUUCAGCCCGGGACCUUUGUGCAGACGGACAAGGCCGUCUACAAGCCGGGACAGACAGUGAAGUUUCAAAUCCUCAGUUUGGACGUAAACUUCGUUCCCAGUACCCGGAAGCUGCCCCUGGUGACCGUGCAGGAUCCCAGCGGGAACCGCAUCGCCCAGUGGCGAGACGUGACUCCGCAGCAAGGCAUCGUGGAUCUGUCCCUCCUGCUGUCUGCAGAGCCAGCCGUGGGGACGUAUACCGUCAACAUUCAGAGGACGUGGCACUCGUUCAGCGUGGAGGAAUACGUGCUGCCCAAGUGUGACGUGACCCUUGAGCUGCCCCCCGUGGUGAGGGAGCUGGAUGAGACGAUCCUGCUGCAAGUGUGCGGCCGAUACACCUACGGGAAGCCAGUCCUGGGGAGGGUCCAGGCCAGCCUUUGUCGGCAACGUUACUCCAUGUUUGAUUCUGAUACCGACCAAGGUGGGGAUCUGUGCGUAGAGCUGACAGGCCAGACUGACCGAAAUGGCUGCUUUUCCAGAGAGGUGGGGACGGCUCCCUUCAACCUGACCCACUUUGGCUACGAGAUGAGUCUCCAGGCCAAGGCCUCUCUAGUGGAGGAGGGGACAGGGGUGGAGCUCAACGCAACCAAGAGCUGUGACAUCGUGUCUGAAAUCGCUACGGUGACCUUUGAGGACGAUGACAAUACCUACAAGGCUGGAAUCCCCUACACUGGCAAGAUGCUCCUGAAGGCAGCAGAUGGCUCUGUGCUGAAGACUGAGAAGCUGCAGCUCUUUGUUAGCUAUGGGGAUAAGAAUAAUAACCAGACCUUCCUGACCGAUGAGUCUGGCAGAGCCUCCUUCGAGCUGGACACCUCCAGCUGGACCGGGUGGGUCACUCUGAAGGGGCGCUACAAGCAGGUGGAUCGCAGCUCUGUGUAUGGGAGAGUCUCUCCCAGUUACCGGGAUGCCGAUCGUCACCUGGAGCCCUUCUACUCCGAGAGCCAGAGUUUCCUGAAGAUCCGCUCGCUGGGAGGCAUGCUGUCCUGCGACCAGGCCCAGCAGCUCCAGGUCGAUUACGUCAUUGCUCGGGAGGCCCUGGGGAACGGGUCCAGGAGCCUGGAUUUCAUCUUCCUGGUCGUGGCCAAGGGAGCCAUCGCCAGGAUCCUCCACAAGGGGCUGGACCUCAGGGAGGGGGCUGGGCUGAAGGGCUCCUUCUCUGUGGAGCUGCCCGUCGGCGCUGACCUGGCUCCCGCUGCCAUGGUGCUGGGUUACACGGUGCUGCCCGAUGGUGAGAUGGCUGCCGACAGCGCCCGGCUGCACAUGGCCAAGUGCCUCCCGAACAAGGUGAAGCUGGCCUUCUCGCAGGACCGGGCCCUGCCGGGCUCAGAGCUCCAGCUGCGGGUGCAGGCUGCCCCCGGGUCCCUGUGCGCCGUCCGCGCCGUGGAUCAGAGCGUGCUGCUCAUGAAGCCCGAGGCCGAGCUCAGCGUCAACACGGUCUAUAACUUGCUCCGCAAUUUUCCCCACGGAGGCUAUCCCACUGCAGAUCAAGUGACUCUGCAAUAUGAUUGUCCACACAUAAGUAAGGGAGUGCCUGGACACACAGGACCUAAAGGAGUGCCUGGACACGCAGGAGAACAAGGAGAGGCUGGACAAGCAGGACGUCCAUUUCUUAACUUCCGUGAGGCUCGUUACCAGAGGCGGCGCAGAGGGACUAGCAGCUGUAUCCCCCCUCAGCCUGACGCCUACAACCUGUUUAAGGAUGUGGCUUUGGAAAUUCUCACCAACACCAAGAAGCCCUGUGAACAUGGAGGCCCAAGGCUCCUGGCUUUAAGCAGUGUGGAUAGUGCAGCAGCGACCCCAGUGAGCAAUGCCCGGCCCGUGCCAGAACCCAGCACCCAGGAGGAGCCAGGGCCACGUGCGUAUUUCCCAGACACGUGGCUGUGGCACCUGGUGACUGUGGGCGAGGGGGGCUCCAAAGACGUCCCACUCUCAGUGCCCGACACCGUCACGGAGUGGAAAGCUGGGAUGUUCUGCACGGCGGAGGUGGGCUUUGGCCUCUCGCCCAUGGCCACCUUCACGGCCUUCAAACCCUUCUUUGUGGAGCUGGCCUUGCCGUACUCCGUGAUCCGGGGAGAGGCCUUUGCCCUAAAGGCCACCGUCUUCAACUACCUGCGGCAGUGCAUCAAGGUGCGAGUGACGCUGGCGGAGUCUGCGCAGUUCCAACUGCAGGCAGGCGAGGACGGCGCCUACACCAGCUGCCUCUGUGCAGACGAAGGGAAAACCUUCCAGUGGGAGGUGACGGCGAGCAGCCUGGGGGAGGUGAACUUCACCGUCAGCACCGAGGCUUUGCACACCGAAGAGCUGUGCGGCACAGAGCUGGCCGUGGUGCCAGCUCAGGGGCGAGUGGACACCGUGAUAAAGCCCCUGCUGGUCCAGCCGGGGGGGAUCCUGGAGGAGAAGGCGCACAGCUCCCUGCUCUGCCAGGAAGCGUCCGAAGAAAUCUACUUGCAGCUGCCAGCGAACGUUCUGACGGGGUCCGAACGGGCUCACGUGACUGUCGUGGGAGACAUAAUGGGCACGUCUCUUCAGAACAUAGAACGCCUGCUGGCCAUGCCCUAUGGCUCUGGAGAGGAGAACAUGGUCUGGUUCGCUUACAACAUCUACACCCAGCAGUAUCUGGAGAAGAGCGAGCAGCUGAGCCCGGAGAUCAGAGACAAGGCCCAGGGAUUCCUCCAGAGCGGCUACCAGCGCGAGCUGCUCUAUAAACACAACGACGGCUCUUACAGCGCCUCUGGGAAGAGCGAUGUCACGGGCAACACCUGGCUGACGGCCUUCGUUCUCAAGUCUUUCGGCCAGGCCAGGCCCUACAUCUCCAUCGAUGAGAAGCACCUAGAGGACGCCCUAGGGUGGCUGCAGCGUCACCAGCUGGAGAACGGCUGCUUCCGCAGUGUGGGGAAGCUGUUGAACAACGCCCUGCAGGGCGGCGUGGUGGACGAGCUCUCUCUCUCGGCUUACAUCACGGCGGCGCUGCUGGAGCUGGGGCAGCCGCUCACGGACCCCAUGGUGACCAGGGCCCUCCAGUGCCUCCGGGAGUCGAGCACCAGCGACCUCUACACGCAGGCGCUGCUGGCCUACGCCUUCGGGCUGGCGGGGAGCACUGAGCUCCGGGACGCCAUUCUGCAGCGCCUGGCCCAGCACAGUGUCAGCGCCGGGGAACAGCUGCACUGGCAGAGGAAGGUGAAGGCCCUGCCCAGCCCCUAUUGGAACCAGGCCCCGUCGGCGGAGGUGGAGAUGACGGCUUACGUGCUCCUGGCCUAUCUCUCACUGCCCAACGUGUCUGCUGCCGACAUGGGGACCGCUGCCCAGAUCAUCCGCUGGCUCAGCAAGCAGCAGAACCCCUACGGGCACUUCGCCUCCACGCAGGACACGGUGGUGGCCCUGCAGGCCCUGGCCAAAUACGCGGCCCUGACGUACAGCGCGAGCGGAGCUGUGUCGGUGACAGUGAGCUCCCAGGCCGGGGCCCGGCAGCAAUUCCACGUGGAGAACGCCAACCGGCUGGUGCUGCAGCGAGCGGCCCUGCAGGAGAUCCCCGGGCAGUACACGGUGCGGGCCAGCGGCAAGGGCUGUGUCUUUGUGCAGCUGACUCUGCGCUACAACGUGCCGCCCCCAAAGAGCGCCGCGACCUUUGACCUGCGGGUGGAGACGGAGCCGAAGGAGUGCACCCAGAGCGCCAGAUCCCGCUUCAGCCUCGUGCUGCACGCCCGGUACAGCGGGGAGCGCCCAGCCUCCAACAUGGCCAUCAUCGAGGCCAAGCUGCCGUCCGGCUACAUCCCUGUCAAGAGCUCCCUGUGGCAGCUGGAGAAGCAGCGUUUGGUGAAGAGGCUGGAGGUGCAGAACGACCAGGUGACGCUCUAUCUGGACCAGCUGACGAAGGAGGCGGCGAGUUUCACCUUCUCCCUGGAGCAGGAUUUCCCGGUGAAGAAUCUCAGAGCAGCCCCAGUGAGACUGUACGAUUACUACGAGACGGGUGAACACACAGAGGCUGAGUACAGCGCACCCUGUGAUUCAGCCCCUGAUGCCGACACGAUGGGAAAUUCCCACUGA